GCCUGAAAAAUAUCGAAAUAGUCUGUGACUGUGUUCAUAUAGUCUGAGAUCCCCCCCCCCCCCCCCUUGCUCGACCGAGGUCGAGGGAGUUUCCCCAAUCCCCAUUAGCUGUGCUGUGCGACGUACGGGUACGUACGUGCAGUAGCAAUCGAAUCCCAAACUCGCGAUAUUUCGAGCUGGACUAUUUUCCGGACUAUUCGAAGAAUUUGGAAUGCUGAGGCCAAGCUCAACCGAAAAAAAAUGGAUCAGCCAAUCGUUAAUAUUCCUGAGGAAGUUUUAAGUUCGUUAUGCACACGUUUUUUAAUCAACAUUCCUGACGAAGAGAGAAAUGACUUGAUAAGAGCGUUCUUCCAGAUUGAGUUGGCCCAUUGGUUUUAUAUUGACUUCUUCAGAGUUGAACAGCAAGGACUGCCAAAUUGUGGAAUGAAGGAAUUCUCCAAAGCUAUUUUCAACCAUUGUCCAUUUUUGAUUGACCAUGCUGACAAGAUAGAUAAACUCUAUGCAGAAUGGAGGGAAUACAAAAUGAGUGUUCCAACUUAUGGUGGAAUAUUACUAGAUUCUUCCCUUACACAUCUUGUAAUGGUGCAAGGGUUUUUCAGUAGGACAAGCUGGGGAUUCCCCAAAGGCAAAGUUAACAAAGAGGAGCAGCCAGUGCAAUGUGCAAUAAGAGAGGUUCGUGAAGAGACAGGUUUUGACAUCACCAAGUACAUUGAUGAAAAUAACUACAUUGAGACUUAUUUGAAUGAACAACUCUCCAGACUGUAUGUAGUUCCGAAUAUUCCAAUGGAUGUAGACUUCAAGCCGACCACACGUGGAGAAAUUAGAGAAGUGCGCUGGUUCAUGAUUAAUGAUCUUCCUGCAAGUAAGAAAGAUCCAGCACCCAAGGCUAAUUUAGGUCUCAAUCCAAAUCAUUUUUUCAUGGUCAUUCCAUUUAUCAAACCUUUAAAGAAACGAUUGAAUAAGAUGCAAUCAGGUGCUUCUAAUAGAGGCUACAGUCCAGCAACGAUUCCCUUGUCGACCACCAAUACCCAAAGGACACAAAGCCCUACUCAGGGUAAUUACAGGCAAAAUGGAGGCAGGGGACGAGGAGGGAAUAGCAACCAUGUGUUAAAUUCUAGCGGAGGACCGACUAGCCAAGCUGUUGAUAGUAACAAAUCAGAGACCAGACGAAAGCAACAGCAGCAAUACUUCAAAUCACAGAACAUGACUGCAAUAACCCAGUAUUCUAGGUUUAAAGAUCCAGCAUUGGAUGCUAUGUGGAACAAUCAGGGUGGACCAGGAGUGAAGAGACAGAAAGGCCAAGGGGGUGGGCACUCACCUCAGUCGUCACAGGAAACUCCAAAACAAGGCAGACAUGGCAAGGGCCGAAACUAUGAAAAUCCAGAGACCCGUCAAGGAUUGUCGCCCAUUCCCAACAAGCAAAGCAACCGCAAGCAAGCACCGGAUGCCCGCCAAUCCAGUCAUAACCUCUGCUCCAAAGCAUUCCUUAACUUCAGGUUUGAUGUUGACGCCAUCAUGAGAGCCUUUGAUGGUAUCAAGUAACACACACCAAGAUAAAGAGGUUUCAACUAUCUAGACAUCGGACUAGCUGAAAGACUUUUCAUCAUAUCUUGCUCUCUAUGACUAGACAGAGACCAAAGUUUAGGGGGCCUGUUCCCAAAAGAGCUGCACUUAAAUGCAGCUGGAAGAAAAUGAAGUGCUUCUGACUUGUUGAAAAUAGAGCUGCUUUUGUUUUUUGGAGUUGCAUUUGAUCAACUCAUAGAAUUCUGUUCACCUCUUGCUCUCCAUAACUAGAUAGAGACCAAAGUUUAGGGGGCCUGUUCCCAAAAGAGUUGCACUUGAAUGCAGCUGGAAGAAAAUGAAGUGCUUCUGACUUGUUGAAAAUAGAGCUGCUUUUGUUUUUUGGAGUUGCAUUUGACCAACUCAUAGAAUGGACUUUGUCACUGAUGUAUUAAGGAACCAUUGGAAUCCAACUGUAGUUAUAUUGUGUGCAUCAACCCCUUCUAGUAUAUGAUUGAAUCAAGAAUUGUUGGAGAACUUUUUUCUACAUCCAUUUGACUUUGAUAUGGAUUGAUGAUGUUCAUUUUGAUCAGCCAGCAUGAGCCAAGUUGAAACAUAAAUUGCUUAAGCAAUUUGGCAGUCAUUUCCACUGACAUUUGUCAAAAUCCUAUGUUUGGCUAAGGGCAAAUAUUUUAGUGAAGUUAUAAAUUAUUUCUUAUUAUUCUGAGGCUGAAAGUAUGGUUCAAAAGAUGCCUGCUUUUGAAGUUUUGAUGAAAUUUGAAUAUAUUUGUCGUGCUAGGGUGUUGAAUGCACGAUUAUAUAACUUUCUUUCAAUUGCAAUCUUUAAAUGAGAAUCAAAUGGAAUGGACUGAAAUAUAUAUAUAUAUGUUCCGCUUAUUCCUGAAAGAUAGAGAUAUUUGCAGAAACAAAGCUGAGCAAUCUUGUGAAUUUGAUAUAUUUACAUAUAUAGCUGAACUUGUGUAAAUUUCUUAUACCAUGGACUCUCUUGAACCUUCACUUUAAUAGUAAGAUUUCUUGGAUCACUUAAAAUGAUUUUUUUUUAGAAAGGAGGUUUUGUCUUUCUGUAAUAAAAAAAUGAUAAUACAAAAACCUUGAAAUUCAUUCAUAUACUUCACCUUUUACUUUUUUUCUCUUUUUACUUUCUCUAGUAAUUCAAUCCACUGCCCUUUCCACACUAACUGCUCAGCUCCUAAUUUUAUUUUACAUCUAGGUAUCCCUAAAUUUCAAGAGACAUUGAGCCUGUUGAUGAUACAUUUACCUCUGGUUUUCAUGCACUGCCUCACAUUUGAAAUAUUAACCCCCGAGGCCUAUGAUGAGCAACAUUUCAUAAAGAACCCAUUACUGCCAUAAGAAGAUUGUUGUUGCAGUACUCAUUGUAAAAUCUUGACACAGAGCUGUAGCAUGAUGACUAUAUUAAAAGUAUCCCUCACUUCCCUUAUAAGGUAACUAUCCCUGUCUACAUUUUUAUCCCACAGGUCCAUUACACUGUAGCUAUCACAUUUUUAUGUGACUCAAUUGUAGAUGAAAAUAUGGAUUUAUAUUAUUGCAGACAAAGGCAAGAUGUCUCAGUGAUACUUUUAGCCAUUUCCAUUUGUAUGUUUUUACCCCCUAAAAAUGUCACCUACAUGUACAUGGAGAUGAAUUGUCUGUUUCUAGGUCUUAUGAAUAUAUGUAAUGUUCUCAAAAUGAUCAUAGAGAUCUGACAAGACUGACAUACGAUAAUAUUGAUAAAGUUACAAAAUUACCUCAUUGCAUACAUGGUGGUUACUUUCGUAAAAACAACAACCUUAUUAGGGAUUCAAGUACCCCAUAAUAUUGACCACCCUCCAAUUUCUAUUGCAAAUAUAUAUUCCUCAAAUACUUCUUUGCAGCAAGCUAGUAAUUGUCACAAUAUCAAUUUGGGAUAAUGCAAAUUAUUUGUUCUAAAUUAUCAGUUUGAUGUGCAUGUACUGUAUGUAGACUUUUAGUAGAUGUGCAAUAUUAUUGUGGAGAAUUGGAAAUGCAUUUUACAUGUUUUGAUAAAGCUUCGUCAUCAUGACAUUAUGUUGUAAUAUUUUCAACAUUACCACGAUGUUGUGUAUACGAAAAUACAUUUUGUACAUCUUUCAGUUUGCCUAAGUUUUAUACUAUCUGAAUGUAUUGGACAAUAGUAUUAUGCCACCAUUGUCGGAUUAUUACAUAUAAUGGGAUUUUUGCAUGCCUAUUUAUUUCUCAGUUAAAUAUUUCUGACACUAAACUUUGCAGCUUGCAAAUUUUCCCGUAAACUGAGUUUAGACAAUGUAUUAACAGCUAUAUCUGCCAAGAUCAACCUUCCCCCUAAGUUUAAUAAUCAUCCAAGUUGAAUAUGUUUUUAUCAGACCAUAUUAUACAAAUAAGGUGUUUUAACCAUUCCCCCUAUGAGUUGAACAAAUUUCUGUGGGCUGUAGAGAUUGUACAUAAUUAGACUUAUCCUGUAAUUCAUUUUCAUCAAUUUUUCUCUUUUACAUAAUUAUCAAAGAGCUACAUAUAUGAGAAAAGACCAAUUAAGAUAUGAGAAGCAGUGGGUUAUCUUGGUCUCGUGGUAGUAGACACCAUUCUUUACAAAUUUGCAAGUACCCAUAUGAUGCGUGUUUUUAAUAUACAUUGUUACUUUACAAGUUCGACCUAUUUCUAGGGUUCACUUAUUUAAAACACAUCACUGUAUUGUAAAGAGGAUAUUUUGUAGUAAAUAUAAGAAAACAGGGUUAACUUUACUGAGCUGUAUACACAUCCACAAGGUAUUUUUUUACCAUUUAUAUUCUUUUGAUACACUGUUUAUAGCAUUUCAUCGUGAUUUUACAAAGGUAUUCUGUUAAAGAAUUAUAAAUCAAAAAUGUUGCAAAAUGUUGCACCAUAGACAUGUCAGUAAGAUGCGUGUAGCAGUUCAUGCGUACCAAAAUACACCCAUACAUAAAUCUAUUGAGAUCUCAUGCUUUUAUGUGUCUUACAUGUAAGGAUUUUUUUUUUACUUAAAAAUCAUUUAAAAGACAAAAUAUUAAUCACAUAAGAGUGGAGAUUGUUGUGCUUGUACAGUAGUUGGAUUUACAUUUCAAUACAAAGAGAUACAUUGACUGAAGUGACUCAACCAUCAUAGAAAAUGAGGAAGAAAGUGAAUAUGCCCUGUUUGAUACCCUUUUGAAUAAAAUUGUAAAAGAAUUAAA